AUGAAAACGAAAUACGAGUAUAGUCGUUUUAUUAGUGGGUGGUGUGUACCUAGGUCCUCGAGGUCCUUAGCUAACCUAGGUAUUAGAACUAGAUGCAUCGUAUCUAAAGGUCGCCAUUUUAGUCCUCCUCCUGAGAUGGAUCGUUGUCGUCAUGCGGGAUUCUCGGUCAAGGAAAUGAAUGAGGGGGUCCUUUCUAGGGAUUUCCAUGAUCCAUUCCGCCAACGUGAUGCGAAGCUCUCCAUAAGGCCAAAGUGA